CUUUCUACUCUCCCACAAGCAGUGAUCCAAGUCACUAGGCUUUUAUACACGAAUAUCAUUGACGGCAGUCAAGUUUAUCAUUAGCAGAAAAAUUCGUUUUUCCUAAACGUAAUUGCAUUUUUGCGUUAAGGGGUUUAGAAUUUUCAAUAACAAAAGCUGAAAUUCUGAAAAACUAGACAUUUGCACGGAAUUGGUUUUAUAAUUAUUUAAAUAAGAAGUUCAUUUUACUUUUCAUAAAAUGUUCGGCAAGAAAGGCUGGCACGUAAUUAACGCGAUUACCUGCGCGUUGGGCUUGGCUGCUUGGCCAACCUUCUACGAAUUGGUUGACUGUGACGUAGCCGUCAUUUGGAGCUUCAUUUCAGGCGUUCUGGCGCUGAUAUGCCUCAUACAGGAAUUGCUGCAGCACAACGACCUCCUCCACGUCUGCCAUUCUCAACGCACCCUCAGAGGUGCGCAGGUUGUUGCCCUGCUCUGCAUCCUGGCAUGUCUUGUGCUGACUGUGUUGCACUUCACUGUCGCUUACUUCGGAGAAGAAGAUUUGAAAACGGAGAGUUACAAGUUCAACGACUACCUUGUUGGCAUCUCGACGUUUGUCACCCUGACGUGCGCCUGCAAGCUAUUACAUUCCAGUCGUAAAUGCCACAAGAAACUCGUAAACUAUCAACUUCUGCAACGACCCGAGUCCCCUCAUUUCAUAUCGGGGGGAGCGGUGCCCUACCAGCAACUGGACCCACCAGGGAGCAUAUCACAACAUGGAUACUCGGGUACACGAUACCAGCAACUAGAUCAACCAGGUAGCGUAUCACAACACUGGUACUCGGAUACACGAAGAUUGCAACCAACUGAAGAUACUUGCGAUGGAUCAGCUGACACUGAAGGAGAAUCUGUUGCCGACAUGGACAGAUUAGCGGAAGAAUUAAACGGAUCUGCGGCUGCCCGUGGACCCAGGCUUGUCGGCGUCUGAAAAUCGGUCACUUUUUGACGGUUGACUUUUCUCAUCGCUGGGAGGACUGAUGUUUUGAAUUGUUUGAACAGAAAGAUGAAUUUUUCUUUUACCUAAUGUUGUUAAAUCAAUUGUUACCAGAUUAGAUGCGGGUGGCAUUUAAAAUAUACAUAGAUACAUUAGUACUUACCAGGAAGCCCGAUGUAAAUUAUACUACACUCGACCUUAAGCUAGACUCGUUUGUUGUGAUCGAGAAAUGCUCAGAGCUGUCCAACUUGCAGUGCCUCAAAUGCGCGAAGUUGCAUGUUUUGCGGUUUGACAUUAUGCAUCAAUGAUUAUGGUACUUAAUUAUUCAAUGGUAAGUGACUUAUUUAAUUUUUUUGUGGGAGUGAUGAGUUAUCCACGAUUAUAUGGUAAUCUGGUUACACUCUAGAGCCAUCGACGCUCUGCUCUCUUUCUGCGAAUUUGUCUUCUUUCCUACCUGUCAUUUUAUUUUCCACUGUAAUAUCCUGAUUAGUCAUAGAGCUGGAACUUUCAACAAGAGCUAAUUGAAAUCUGACAAACUGGAAUUCAUUGAUUUAGAUAACUAUUUUAGAUGUAUUCCUUCAUGAAAGUUAAUUCUUUAAAAGCGUAAUUCGAGUUAAGUACCAAACUAAGAUAACACUUACUGCACCUAUAGCUCAUAAUAAUACGGCUUUUAAUCUAAAGUAUUUUUUAGAGCAGGGUUCAUAAGAAUUUAUGUACCAUGCUCGAAAGCAUGCUGGCAGCAGGGGUUGCUGUGGCUACUUGCAGUAAAUUUAAUUUAACAGCCUAGGUCUUUAUUAUACUGCUAAUUCUGCACUCAUGUUAUAGCAAAUAAAUGACAGCAAUCGUUCCAUUGAGGCAAAUUGUCACUCGCCAGAGUUUUCAUUGCUAUUGAGGUUCUCAGUCGGGUUCAGCUGUUGGAAAGAAUAAUGGAUUUUAGUUAUAGUUAUUUUCCCAGCAUUAUUUCUCCUGUACUGAUUAGCUUCCGUCCAAGCAGUACUAAAUGUAAUUGUUGUUCUCAUUUUCAUUUUUUGAAGUGUUGCCUUGAACGCCGGUGUUUCUCUAAUGUUCGCUGCUAGGCUUGACCGCCUGUAUCGUUAACGAGAGUGGUAUGUUGUUGCUAGACGUGUAAAUAUAAUUUCGAUGUCAUUCGUAUGCUCUAAAAAGUGGAAAUAUUUCUGUCGAGAAAAAGUUUCAAGUUUAUGUAUUAAAUUAAUCACAGCUGAAUCGCCAUAAUUUGCUGGAAAACCCUUCAGGGGGGACUUCCGACGGGUGUCUGUGCGCGUCAGAAGUCCUAUGGGAUUUCGCGCUCCUAGGGG